AAAAAUACUUGUAUUUUAAGAGUUACUUCAGAUUUCACGCAAUUUGCUUCGGUAACAUUAAAAAGUUCUCAAGUGACGGCGCGUCACUUCGUAUGUCGAUGUUGGUAAGUGAAGAAAUUUCGGAAAAUUACAUCAAAUUUGAGGUUAUAUCAACCGCAAGUUAAAGGAACCAUGUUGUAAUUUCCGCCAUACUCUUGCAUUGCGGUAGUUCUCAAAGGUCAUUUGUUUAAACUACGUAAGUCCAGCUUACACCGAAUUACCAUCAUCGUAUAUCUAAUUGGAAACAAAACAUGUUCGUUUGUCACGAGAAACUACGAUAAAAUGUUUAAAUUUAUUUAUCUACUCGAAUGUUGCAUGGUGAUGUGCCUCGAAAUGAUAUUUAGUGUAUAGGAAAUGAACAAGUGUGAUACAUAUAUCAUAUUUCAAACGAUUAACAAGAUAUUCUGAGAAUUUGCGAUAUUGUUAAAUAAAAUAUUUUCUGAUUUUUCUGCUAAAUACUUAAAAUAUUAAGACAUCCAUUACCCAUUUGGGAGUGGUUGCGAGACAGAAAGGCCGUGUCUGUUCUACCAUUAUCUUCCGGUGUAGGAGACGAACACACGCGGAUAUUUGAGAGAAAGAAAUUGAGUAGUUAUUUUUCGUGUUACCUACUUUUGGACAAUAUUAAUUAAGUUAUAGGAUGGCGAAUAACGGAGCUCCCGAUUCCUGGGAACAACAAGCAGAUUGUGGUGCUGGUGAUUCGACCGAGACCUCCGAUCUGUCGUCAAAAAUUUCCACGUUGAACGUGAACGCAGCCGAAUUUGUGCCUUCAUUCUUACCCCGACAGACUGAACAUCUCCCGCAAAAGGAGUCCCCCGAGUCCACAGACGGUCAGGUUCCUCUUAAAAAUGAUGUGCGAGAAUUAGAGGCUGAGGAGCCGCCUGGGGAGGGAGCUCCGCCCCCUCCUGCAGACAGUUGGGAGGAGGCAGCAGAAGCCGACGGAGAGGGGGACGAUCCCUUGCUUACUCCUGAUAACGAGCCUGCGGGAGGUGAGGAGGAUGAAGAAGAGGAAGAGGAUGAAGAAGGGUUGGGUGAAGCUCUCAGCAAACCGAAGAAAAGGCCUGUAAGCAAGUCCAGUGAAGAAACCAAAAGCAAGAAAGAACAUGUAAAUGUAGUUUUCAUUGGUCACGUGGAUGCUGGCAAGUCAACUAUUGGAGGACAAAUUAUGAACUUAACCGGCAUGGUGGAUAAGCGCACGCUGGAAAAAUACGAACGCGAGGCCAAGGAAAAGAGUCGGGAGACUUGGUAUCUUUCAUGGGCUUUGGAUACUAAUCAAGAAGAACGUGAGAAAGGAAAGACUGUAGAAGUAGGUAGAGCCUAUUUUGAAACGGAAAGAAAGCAUUUCACCAUCCUGGAUGCACCUGGACAUAAGAGCUUUGUUCCUAAUAUGAUUGGAGGAGCUGCUCAGGCUGAUCUAGCUGUUUUGGUAAUCUCAGCGCGCAAAGGAGAAUUUGAAACAGGCUUUGAUCGUGGUGGACAGACGCGAGAACAUGCAAUGUUGGCCAAAACAGCUGGAGUUAAGCAUUUGGUAGUGUUAGUAAAUAAAAUGGAUGAUCCUACUGUUGAAUGGUCAGAAGCUCGUUACAAUGAAUGCAAAGAUAAGAUAUUGCCAUAUUUACGAAAGUUAGGAUUCAAUCCACAGAAGGAUUUAACAUUCAUGCCAUGUUCUGGCCUCACAGGGCUGGGUCUCAAGGAUCCUUUGGACGAAAAUAUUUGUCCAUGGUACAGAGGUGAUGCGUUCAUCCCAUUUAUUGACAAAUUGCCCUCACUGAAUCGUAAGCUUGGAGGACCAUUUGUUAUGCCUGUUGUGGAUAAGUAUAAGGACAUGGGGAUGGUGGUGAUGGGCAAAGUAGAAGCUGGAGAAGCACGUAAAGGACAGUCGCUCCUGUUGAUGCCCAAUAGGACAGUAGUAUUAGUCGACCAGAUGCUGUCAGACGAUGAAGAAGUUACAGCGGUUGGACCAGGAGAAAAUGUGAAAAUUAAACUGAAAGGCAUUGAAGAAGAUGAUGUAUCACCAGGAUUUGUGUUAUGUGACAAUGCCAACCCCAUCAAGACAGGCCGUAUAUUUGAUGCACAAGUUGUCAUUCUUGAACAUAAGAGUAUAAUCUGUGCUGGCUAUUCUGCUGUUAUGCAUAUUCAUUGCGCUGCAGAAGAGGUUACAGUUAAGGCUCUUAUCUGCUUGGUGGAUAAGAAAACGGGUGAAAAAUCUAAGACACGACCACGCUUUGUGAAACAAGAUCAAGUAGCCAUAAUGAGGGUAGAGUGUGCUGGAGUAAUCUGCAUGGAGCAGUUUAAACUGUUUCCACAAAUGGGUCGCUUCACGUUGCGCGAUGAGGGUAAAACAAUCGCUAUAGGAAAAGUUCUCAAAGUUAUCGAGUAAAUUUUGCAAGUAUUGGAUUUUAUUUGGCUGAUUUUUAAAAGAGUGAGCGAGGGAGUGGGGAUGGAGGGGCAGGUACCAGAAGAUGGGCUGAGACUUGUCUUGGUGCCGUGCUGUUCCUUUCUGCUACAACACAACUUAAGCCACUAUGUUAUAUAUUCAUAAAUAUAUAUAUAAUGAACUUAUCAAGGAAGUGAAGGAGACAAUGUUAAAAAUGAAAUUAUGGGAAAUAAUAACAUUGACAGGUGCUUUCUGUAUGCACUGCUGGGGUGCAGGGGCCAUGUGCCCAAGUGUUCUAUUGGCUGCCUCUCACAUGUCCUCUUCCCACAGCCUCUGUUCACAUAGACUGUGCCCAAGUCAACCAGAGCUACAGUUUCCCAAUGUUUCCUGAAUUCCAGCAGGUCCAGACUGUGUAAGAUACCUUGUUUGCUUUGGUACAGAUAAUCCCACAGACUCCUGUAGUGAAAUCGCAUGUAGCCGUAUUGGGCAAAGGGCAGGACUGUGGAAGGCAGCCAUACCAACAGAGGAGUGUUUCUGAAGGGAGCGGGCCUGCGGACCUCUCCGGGCAACUCAGUCCUUCAGUUAUGUCUCUACUUGCUUCUCAUGACACAAGCCAAAACGGGCACUGCUUCUGUGCUGGCCAGGCGCAGCCUAACCUGCUCGGCCAUGUGGUCCGCAGCUGGGGGUAAUCAUGUCGCUGCAUCUCAUCUCCGGAAGAGAUGCAAUUGUUGUGAAUGAGUGUAAGUUGUAUGCACUUGUCAAUUGGUUGCUUACUUGUAAAUUAAAAAUGCAGAUCACGGGAUCCUUUCCGAUUUCCUAUUUAUUUAUUUCCUAUUUUAUGUUUAAUUUGCAAUGUGUACAGUUGAUCAUGCCUGCUUUAGUGUAAGUGCGGCAAGCCAGAGAAUCUGAGGCUCAUGUCAGUAUAUUUUACAGAUGUGAUAUUGUAGAAAAUCUCUUAUUUUGUCAUUUGCUUGGUGGCAAAUUGUUUUUUAAGUAUCCUAAAGUAAUUCAUAAAGUGAAAUAUGUUGUAUCAAAGGAGCUGGAGUCUGUCCAUACUAUAGGGUCUUGUUGUGUAUAAUUCUGUUGACUUAUUGGUUAGGGGCUAUUUUAUAUCAGGAGUCAUUUCAAUUGACAGUGUUAGAAUUUUUAAAAGUUUCCUUUUGUAAUUCCUCUGUAUGAUAGUGUACUCAUUUCAGUUGUGAGGCAGGAGCAGACUUCAGGUGUUGUUCCCUGGCCUUGUUUUGUUUUCCACCGCCCAAGGUCGGAGUGGUGAGAGCAAGCUGCAGGUACAUGGUUUCUCUUUGCCUUUUUUAUAAAGCUGCUUCAAGAAAUAUCCUGGUGUGGUAUUUUCUUGAUUUGAAAGUGAUUUUCACACUACAAUAAAGAAACAUUGAACUUAAAAUACGUUGUUUCUUUAUAAUCCCUGUUGUUCUGAAUCCAGUUAAGAAAAUUAUGCAUUUUAUUAAAAAUUCUUGAGUGUCAUUGUUUGAUAUAAGCAAAUUUCUUGUGUGCUGAUCAAUUAUAUAAUGCAUGUGGACUGUUUUACUGUGAAUUUCAAUAGUGAAAAAUGAUAAAAUUGUGUUACUACACAUAGAAGAAAAAAUAUAUUUGCUGGACAUGAUUAAACCAUUUUUACGGUGGUAAUACACAUUGUAGAUUGGCUUUUGGUACUGUAAUAUUUUGGUAAAGUGCCUUCCAGAUGCACCGAAUUUGACUAAUAAGCAUCUCACUCCAACUCGGUGUAUUCUUGUGAAAGUUCACAACUUCACAAAAUUUAUUUCUUACAGAGCAAGCUUUGACAAUGCCAACUGAGAGAAUGAAACAUUGUUAUAAAAUGCAUUUAAGUGUAAUGAUAAUGUAUUAUUUAGUAUUUUAUAAUUUUUAAUGAUACACAUUUAGCUUUUGAGGUACUCGCUGUUAUAUUAUUAAUUUGUUGGGAAGAGAGAGCUUACAUGCGAGGAUAAGGAUGGUUUUGUAAGUGGAUUGUGAAUGAAAAGGAUAAAUUAACUUUGCAUACAAUUUCAGGAAUGUUAGUAUGUUAGUAACUUCGUAAUUAUUUUCAGAUUUGAUUAAGCCUGUAUUGAGGAAUAAAAUAAUCAGCUUUUUAUUUUUUCUUUAUGAUUAUGUACCAAUAAAAUAUCCAGACAGAUCUCCUUAUAGAAAAAUUAAGUUUGUUUAAUGUGUAAUUUUUUAAAGUUUCCAUUAAAUAAUGAAACAUAAAUAUCCUCACAAGCAUACAAAUUAGGUGCUUCUUGCCACCACUACAAAAGCUUACAUAAUGGAAAUUCCUCUUGCAUAUUGCUUACUUCCAACAUUGAAUUCCUGUAUAAUGGUGCUAGUUUUAACCAUUUUCUAAGUGGCUAAUUAGGUGUAUAAGCAACUCUAUUUACCAUCAUAGAAUGUUUCUCUUAAUUUUUUUCAAUUUUAACGUUCUCAAAUGAUGCUUGUCAGUAGGGAGUUGUCAGAUACUUCAAAUUACUGGACUAAAGUCUGCAUUUAAUAUUUUAUGAUUAGCAUGUCAUGAUGUAGAUACAUCAGUUAAUACUUUCAUGUAUAUUGGUAUCUGAAGAAGAAAAAAAAAGUUUGGUUGUUGCAAAAUAAAAAUGAUGACUUCUCUAAAAUUCUUCAUCAUUCGGAAUAAUGUUCUUUCUCCUGUUGAACAUGUAACCAAUAUUGUUUACCAAGUGAAAUUAUAAAUUUGUACUAGCUAAUGAGCUGUCAGUCAUUGAUUAAUUACUACAAAAUUGAAGCUAUUGAGGUUUGUGCAAAGACAAAGAAAAUUACAUAUAUACAUACUAGCAUCUAUAUCCACAUCUUACGGAAGACUAAGAAAAAACACUUCCUUAAAUUUUG